GUCACCCCUACUGUUACAAUAUCUGGGUUCCCUGUGGUAAGAACAAUAAAGUCCCGGAUGCAGCCCUCCAUCUUGGCUACAGAGCUAAACACUCGUGUUGUUGUCUUUCUCUGAUCUUCUCGUGAAAUUAUCUACUGUUAGCCCACAUCUUGAAACAUGGUGGCAGCGGUGGGAUGCUAAUGUAUCUUGAUCAACUGGAACUUCAAGUUGUGGGCUGUGUUUUGACGAAUUUCCUUGCUAAAUUCGCGUUCAAAACUCGCUCGACUCUCGACCUCAGACCACGUGGAUUGAACCUACACUGCUCUGUACUGUGCCAUGCCUGCUACUGGCGAAUCUGAAGAGACUCCUCCAGCUCCUCCACCUGCAGCAUCAUCUUUUCAGCCGGGUUAUGCCUUUAAACCGCCUGAGCCCGUGAAAUUGGCAAAGAAUGGAGUUGAAAGUUGGAAAAUAUGGAAACAGCUGUAUCAGCAUUAUUGUAUCGUCUCUAACGCCGAUUCACACUCGCCUCAAUUCAAGAAAUCUCUCUUGAUCUCUACCAUGGGAAUAGAAGCUUUACAAAUCUACAAUGGCUGUGACCCUGCAGAAACUGACACUGCUAAAGAUAUCCUAACCAAACUUGAUGCUCACAUACUUGGUGAAACCAACGAGACCUUCGAGAGGUACAAGUUCAACACUCGAGUCCAGAAACCUGAUGAAAGUAUUGACAGCUAUGUUGCAAGCCUGAAGACAUUGGCCGAGACUUGCAAUUUCUGUGAGUGCUUGAAAACUUCCUUACUGAGGGAUAGAGUGGUACUUGGUGUGAAAGAUGAUCAUACCAGAAAGCGUCUGCUGCAAGAAGGAAAACUCACUCUACAGAAAGCACUUGACAUUUGUCACAGUUAUGAGAAAAGGUCUGAUCAACUGAAGAUUAUUUCUGGAAAGGAAGAGGAGGUACACCGAUUGAAUAUAAACAAGCAAAAAACAAAAGGAGCUUCACAUGGUCAAAGGAACAAGCCAGUCGGUAAUGGUAAACCUGGAGGCACGAAUCCUCGUCAAGCUGCUAAAUGCAAAUUUUGUGGCUAUUCUCACACUCUAAAGAAGGAAUUCUGCAAAGCUUGGGGGAAGAGAUGCAAUAAUUGCAAGGCUACCAACCAUUUCUCGAGUUGCUGUCCAAGUUUGGAUGGCAAGAAACAAGUCCAUACUGUUGGUGAUGGAUCUGACUCCGAUUCCUCUGCUGAAAUGGUAUGCCCAGUCAUAUCUGCAUCAAUUAACUCUGUCUCUAGUGGUCCCUUAUAUGCUGAGAUGUGUCUAAAAGAUGGACGGAGAGUCAAAUUCCAGGUUGAUUGCGGUGCCACAGUCAAUGUUAUAAAUCAGAAAUAUGUGCCGCAAAACACUCAACUCCAAGAAUUGGAAAAUACACUGAACAUGUACAACAAAACUACUCUUAAACCAGUGGGAAAGUGUCGGAUUAUCACCAUAAAUCUGAUUACGAAGAAGAAGUAUAAUGUCAUGUUUGAAGUUGUGAAAGAACACCCUUGCUUAGCAGAAAAGCAGCGGAACAGAUGAAGCUCAUCACGGUCAACUAUGGUUACUGGCACUGUGAACUUGAUGAAGAGAGUAGUUACAUGACCACAUUCAUCACUGUGAAUGGCAGAUUUCGUUGGUGUCGUCUCCCAUUUGGUCUCAAAGUCAGUUCUGAGAUAUUCCAGCGUAAGCUCAUGGAGAGUCUAUCAGGUCUUCGUGGAGUGGUCUGUGUGGCUGAUGACAUUCUAGUUUAUGGACAUUCUGAGAGUGAUUAUGAUGAGAAAUUGAGAAAUCUACUUGAUGUUUGUGCUAGAAAUAACAUUAAGCUGAAUCACCAGAAGAGUGUGUUCAAGACCACUGAAGUUAAGUUCCUUGGUCACGUCGUGACAAGUGAGGGUCUAAAACCUAAUAUGGAGAAAGUCGGAGCCAUUCUUAAAAUGGAAAACCCACAGUUGAGGGAGCUCGACGUGUCCAGGGAAUGGUAACUUAUCUCGCAAAGUUCCUUCCACAACUCUCCACGGUAAUGGAUCCUAUUCGUCGACUCACUAGACAAGAUGUGGAAUGGGAAUGGAGUGAGGAACAGGAUCAUGCGAUGAAAGAAAUAAAGAGACUAGUGACUACAGCUCCUGUACUUGCUUAUUAUGAUCCUGACAAAGAACUUGUGAUUCAAUGUGAUGCCUCGAGCACUGGUUUAGGCACUGUUUUACUACAAGAAGGAAAGCCGCUGUGUUAUGCCAGUCGUGCCCUUACUACUACGGAAUGCGGGUUCGCGCAAAUUGAGAAAGAGUGCCUGGCAAUUGUGUUCUCGCUGGAACGUUUCCAUCAAUAUACGUUUGGACGGAAAACCAUUGUGCAUAGUGAUCAUAAACCACUGGAAAUGAUUGUACGCAAGCCACUGCACAAGUCCCCAAAGCGUCUUCAAGAGAUGAACUGACCUUACAUGAUGGAUUGAUCUUCAAGGGAGAACGAGUCAUCGUUCCUGAGAGCAUGCGUAAGGAGAUCAAAGACCAUCUCCACAUAUCACAUCUUGGAGGUGAGAGUAUGUUAAGACGUGCACGUGAAUGCAUAUUUUGGCCUGGUAUGUCUGCAGAAAUCAAACAGCUAGCAAGUGUUUGUGAUGCCUGUCAAACAUUUGCUAAAGCUCAACAGAAAGAAACACUCAUAACUAUAGAAGCUAAAGCACCAUGGAAAAUUGUUGGUAUGGAACAACAAAGACUACCUCCAACAGUUGUCUAUUUUAGUGGAUACUGGGAAGUUGACCUUCUUAAGAAAACUGACUCCCCUGCAGUGAUUAGGAAACUGAAACAACACUUUUUAAGAUUUGGUGUUCCUGUACAACUAACCAGUGAUGGAGGACCUCAGUUUGAUGCCAAAGAGUUUGAGGACUUUGCUUAUGAAUGGGACUUUGAGCAUAAUCUAUCUUCACCUGGGCAUCCAAAUGCAAAUGGAAAAGUUGAGUCUGGGGUAAAAGCAGCAAAGGCUAUGCUCUCAAAAUGUGCUCAAGACAAAACAGACCCCCAGCUAGCACUCCUUGAGAUAAGAAACACACCAACUCAAGGAGCAGGAAGCAGCCCAGCCCAACGUCUUCUCAACCGUCGAACUAAAUCUAUAUUACCCAUGACUGAUGUACAACUCCAACCUAGGGGAAUGGAUUUUCUGAAAGAGGACCGGUGUCGGCUCAAGUUGGAACAACAACGACAGUGUAAGAACUAUAACAAGAAUGCUAAGGAUCUUGGAAUUUUGGAAGAGGGGGAUACUAUCAGACUGAAACCUUUUAGAAAAGGCAACAAAAAAAUGGGAAAAGGGUGUGGUUGUUAGGAGACUCGAUGAAAAGUCGUAUGACAUCGAAACGCCUUCUGGGAAGUAUAGAAGAAACCGAAUCGAUCUAAGGAAAACUUCGGAAACUCAACCUGAAUUGUCGUCAAGGAAACCAGAAGUAGUACCACCACCCGUGGAAAUGGAAUUUAGUACUACCACCCAAUCACUAGAAACACCAGCGCAAGUGGAAACAACUAAUGCGGUUGCUGAGGAACAGACACCACCUAUAAUACCCAUACGGAUAUCCUCACGGACAUCUACGCAACCAAGCUACCUUAGGGAUUAUGUCACGAGUUAAAACAAGAGACUAAUCCGAUGUUAAACAGUUGAUUGUAUCUUGUAUUCUUAUUGUUUACAUUUUUUCUAGAACUGAGAACAAUGUUUAUCAGUACGUUGCUAUACGCAAGGACAAUUGUUAGUUAUGUUAUAAGUAUCUGUUUCACUUUCUCAAAAGAGAAAGGAUGUUACAAUAUCUGGGUUCCCUGUGGUAAGAACAAUAAAGUCCCGGAUGCAGCCCUUCAUCUUGGCUACAGAGCUAAA